UCAGGUUUCUGCAGAUUAAGUGCAACAGGGUCAAAUGUGUAAUAAGCCUCUUAAUUGGAAUAAACCACAAACUGCCUCUCGUCCUCUGGACGUGUCUCUGUCUCGUCUCUGUGGGGCUCAGAGGUUUCUGUUUGAGUUGUGAAACAGACUGAAAACAUGUUAGCAGCUCAUUGCUGAUCGAUGCGGUAACAGAUACUUUACUGCUUUUAAAGACCGCACACGUCUGAUCUGUCUUCUUCUUCUUAACCUCUCACCUCUUCUCACCUGUAAUUCACAACGUUUUCAUUUAUUGUUGUGUAAUUGUUGACUUCCUGUCCUCGUGGAGACUCAGCAGGCUUCAGUACGAAGACGCAUCCGGAGCUGGUCUGUUGAUGCUGACGCUUUAAAGCAGGUGAAGUCCAUCAGGCAGAAACACAAAGAAGCUGCUUUAAUGUGCCUGUGCUGCUGAGCGGCACGAACACAACGUUACUACAGAUUACUGUGGAUUAUAGAAGAGGGAUUAUAUAUGAUGGGGGUCAGAAUUGAUCUGUAAGUGGGACAGCCAUCAGUGAUUGAAUCGAGGUCAGACUCGUGUCAUGUGACUCUCCUCAGUUUUUCUCUUCACACAUAUGGAGAGUGUAGGGCUUUAUGUGUAUAUGUGUAAAUAUAUGUGUGUGUAUAUCUAUAUCUAUAUCUAUAUAUAUAUAUAUAUAUAUAUAUAUAUAUAUAUAUAUAGAUAUAGAGAGAGAGAGAGAGAGAGAGGCGUCCUCCAGAGGCCGAUGAGAAGCUCAGUCUGAUGUACAUGUCGUAUCUGGUAAAGUAACAAGCUAGUCCAUCAGUCCAUCCUGUCGUCAGGUGGUUUAGUUGGCAGUACUGGACUGUAGUAUAUCACAGUGGUUUCAUGGGUUUUCUGCAUCUACCUGAACCUGAAUUUGUCUUUAAAAUUAUUUAAAAUUUUAAAGACUUUUGAAAGUCAACAAAUAGCUCCAGUGCUAACUUCUGCUAAAACCACAAUGUGUCCAGACAGACUGAGGCUUCCGGUCUCUGCGCUAAUGUAAAUAAGCUAAACUCGUCCUGGACCCGACAGCUUCCCAAAGGGUUAGGGUUCCUACAGGUGAUGACGUCAACAAGCACCUGGUUUAGUGGAGGUCACCCGUCUAAUGCUAACGGUUUCUAAGGUUUGAGAUGCAGCCAUAAAAAGCCAGUAGUUUAAGGUUCGCCUCUAGGUCCAGAUAUCUCAGAGUGAGCCUCUUGGUCCCGACCCCCGGCUCCAGUCACCUGAAGCCAGCUGACCACAGGAUGGAUUGCUGACUAGCUUGUUAGCUAACAAGGUACAACAGGUAAAUCAGACAGACUUGGAGUUGUUGGAAGGUGGAUUUUGUCCAUGGAAGUAUAAUAAGAACCGGAUCCGGCGCCGCCGCUCAGCCUGGCUUCCAGUUCUUGUAUGUGUAAACCUACUUGGCAAUAAAUCUGAUUCUGAUGAUAGAAAAUGUUUGCCAUCUUAUAUUCUGACGUAGUAUCUCAUCAUUUUGACUUGAUAUUUCAUAAUUUUGAUUUAUUGUGAGUUUUUAUUUCUCCUGGUGUACAUUAGCUUCCAUAAGAUUCUUAUAGCUCAUCUAGCUCAAAUGUUGAACUUUUCCUUUAGUGUAGUCUGCUAAAUAAACUAACUCGUUGCAUAUCUUUAUUAAGUGUUUGAUAUACUUGUAUUGAUGUUUUUGUGUCAUUUCCGGUGUUAAUCCGUGUUGGCUCUCUCAGCCGUGCUGCGUCAGGACGCCUCACGGGAUUGGUGGAGGAAUACGGGUCGAGCGCCUUCUACGCAUCCUAUUGGCCACUGCUGGUGUCAGUCACACUAUCCAACGCUGUGACGGAGGACUAUGGAAGAAGGUGGGAAAAAAACAAAAACCCCACAAAUAAGCGGAGCCGAGCGGCCAUCUUGCCUCUGCUUCCUCAGGCAGGGAGAGUGGAAGUGAGGACGGAGCAGCCCCAGCGGGGAGCAACCAGCCUCGGAUGUUUACUUUCGGUCAGUCCGGGAUAAUUCACACGACGGGUUCGCCGCCACUCUUUGGGAAAUCUGCACGGUUGUGUUCGCGGUUUGCGGUUUUCCUCCUCGGGAUCCAGUUAGGAAACUCGAUCCCAUCAAACCAGUCGGACUGCUAGCUGCGGAGCUAAGCUAACGGCUAGCCGGGCCAGCUAGCUGUUCGAUGACCGAGCCGUGGUCGUCAGCGGCGGAUUGAGGGCUGCAGCCUCGCUCGGUGACUCUUUGGCUGACGGUGGACUCUGAUCCCGGAUCACACCACCAGCACGUUGUUCGGAGCAGCAUGAUAGCGUGCUGUGAGCACGCGGCCCCUCAGUGUGGCGGAGCGCUUGGACAGCCAGUGGAAGAUCUGUGUGAAUAACUCCGGAGCACUUGACGCCAGCGAGCUGCAGCGCGACUUAAUCCCGCUCUGGAAACUCACUAAAUCAGGUCAACUCGAUGAAAUGCUGUCUCUGGUGCCCGAGAAGAAGCCGGACUCUCUCCUCGAGCUCGCUCCCCCCGCGGCUGCAUAACUGCCAGGGCCAUUACCUGUGAUUACCUGUGACCACACAGGGAAGCGGCCUGUCCCGCUGUCUUCGAUCCCAAUGAAGAGCGCUGGAAGUCGGCUGACAUCACACGGUUGUCCGGCGGCGCCUCCUGCUGACGCCGCCGCGGUGCCCGGGCCUGCGCUCGGAUAGACGGCUUCAGGAUUCGCCUCACGGUGUUUGAUCACGUUAAACCGUUAAGACCGGGGCUGAGUCGGAUGUUUGGACCGGGACAUGUUGCCGGUACUCGGUGUCCACCAUAAGGAUCAGAGCUAGUCUAAAGGGACGCUAAUCCUGCUCGUCUUCGCUUUGGGAUUAUAACUGAAAUUAAGGAUUUUAGUCUUUGGAUCCACAAUGGGAUCAGCGACCAAACUGGCCUUCAGUGUUUUCCUCAUCUCGUGCUCCUCAGGUGCGAUCCUGGGCCGCUCAGACACUCAGAAGUGCGUCCACUACAACUUCAGCCCUUCCUCGUCCUCGUCCUCGCCGGAGAGUCGGGGGAACCUCAGCGGGGUGGUCACCUGCUCUGGAGACAAAGACAAGAGACUUCACUGCUUCGCCACCUGGAAGAACGUAUCGGGGGCGGUCCAGGUGGUCAAACAGGGCUGCUGGCUGGACGACGUCAACUGCUACGACAGGAGUGAGUGUGUGGAGAAGAAAGAUGCUCCUGAUGUCUUCUUCUGCUGCUGUGAAGGAAGUUUGUGCAACAGCAGGUUCUCCUACAGUCCUGACAGCAGCCCGCCGCAGACGCCAACAACAAACAAACCAGUGACGUUGCAUCCGCCGGUGCUGACCACUCUGAUGUACUCACUGGUUCCCAUCAUGGCCGUCACCGCCAUCGUCCUUUUCUCCUUCUGGAUGUACCGACACCAUAAACUGGCCUACCCACCUGUCCUGGUGCCCACCCAGCACGCCUUUCAUAUAAUGAUCGAGGACCCCGGCCCCCUGCCCCCCUCCCCCAUCCUGGGCCAGAAGCCGCUGCAGUUGCUGGAGAUCAAAGCCAGGGGGCGCUUCGGCUGCGUGUGGAAGGCUCGGCUGCUCAGCGAAUACGUCGCUGUCAAAAUCUUCCCCAUCCAGGACAAGCAGUCGUGGCAGAACGAAUACGAGAUCUUCAACCUGAACGGGAUGAGACACGAAAACCUGCUGCAGUUCAUCGGAGCCGAGAAGAGAGGAAGCAACAUGGACGUGGAGCUGUGGCUCAUCACCGCCUACCACGAGAAGGGUUCUCUGACAGACUACCUGAAGGCCAACGUCCUCUCCUGGUCCGAACUGUGUCUCAUCGCUCAGUCGAUGUCUCGAGGUCUCUCCUACCUGCACGAAGACAUACCUGGACACAAGGACGGACACAAACCUGCCAUCGCACACAGGGACUUUAAGAGUAAGAACGUGCUGCUGAAGUCGAACCUGACCGCCUGCAUCGCUGACUUCGGCCUCGCUCUCAGGUUUGAGGCGGGAAAAUCUCCUGGAGACACACACGGACAGGUGGGGACCAGGAGGUACAUGGCUCCGGAGGUCCUGGAGGGGGCCAUUAACUUCCAGAGAGACGCCUUCCUGAGGAUAGACAUGUACGCUCUGGGUCUGGUGCUGUGGGAACUCGCCUCCCGCUGCAAAGCUGCCGACGGUCCAGUGGACGAGUACAUGGUGCCGUUUGAGGAGGAGGUGGGUCAGCAUCCGUCUCUAGAGGACAUGCAGGAGGUGGUGGUCCACAAGAAGCUGAGACCGACGCUCAGAGAGUGCUGGCAGAAACACGCUGGUCUGGCGGUGCUCUGUGAGACCAUUGAGGAAUGCUGGGACCAUGAAGCUGAAGCUCGGCUGUCGGCCGGCUGCGUGGAGGAACGCGUCGUGCAGAUGCAGCGGCAGAUGAGCGUCACGGCGCCCGAGGAGAUCGUCACGGUUGUCACCAUGGUAACCAACGUGGACUACCCGCCUAAAGAGUCGAGCCUAUGACGAUGCCAAGGACCAAUCAGGACGGAGCAGGGACUCCCUCAGUGAGCGUUUUCUGUCUCAGGUGGGGCGAGCCGCUCAGGUGACCUGCCGCGUGUCAGGUGACCUGGAGGACAACAUGGCAGACUCUCUCUCGGCAGGGUGAGCCACACUGAUCUCCACCCUCUGACAUCAGUUCCUCUUUUUUUACUACAAAAUAAAAGACUUCCUGGACAGACUUUUUCUACGAUAAUGUGACAGUUUGGUUUCAGUAUAAAAAGGGCGACUGUAGUUUUUAGACACUUGCUGUUUUUUGUUUCUCUGAAUGAUGUGAUGCCAAUAAGAAACAGCUUCUGAAUGUCUGUAUCACUGCUGUGUCACCUGAGAGUCAGAGAGAAGAGUUUAAUAAUCAGGUUAUUGAUCCACACACAGUCUUUGCACAACAAACAUACGAGGAUCUUUCUUUUCUUUCUGAAAACGUUUGGAGAAACUGGAGUCGACCGUUUGAUUCUCUAACAAACACUGAGAUGUGGAAGAUUCAUUGAAAUAAAAUCAAAGAAAUAAAGUGAAAUAUAACUCAUAUUGUUAUGUUGACUUCACGUCAUCGGAACGUGAUAAUUAACUUGAAAACAAACAAAAGGUUGUGUUUUGGGGUAAACCUGACUGUAUAUUCAUUAUCAUUUAAUCUUUUCAGAGUCAACAUUUGUUUCACAAAAUGUCAGAAAACAGUAAAGUGUCUUCAGACGUCUUGUUCUGUUGGACCGACAGUCCAGAAGAGACUCAGUUUGCUGAGAUAAUAAACAGGAAAACAUGCAGAGAAGCUCGAUCAAAAUUAUGUUUGAUUUUCUUCGUUUUCCUUGAUGCCUGUUUGGACUUUUGAAUGGGAGUCCAAGCUGUCUAAGCAGUCCGCUGUCAUUCUGCUCCACCAAACUCCAUUAAAGAAUCUGUUGGUUAGUGUUUUCUUUGCUCCACAGCAGUGACGCUCAUCUAUUGCAACAUUACUCAAUAACUUUGAUUAAUCGGAGGAAUAUCUGUUUCAUGCUGCAUUAUUUCCUUCCACCCAGCAGCUUCUGGCGCCGGAAAAUAACAAUACAGCUAGUUACAGAAUGAAAACAGUUUUUUUAAUCCAUCAAGAGCCUAAAAACUGUCUUUUGAAGAUCUUUACUGUUUUCUGAUGUUUUAUAAACAAAAUUAUUUAUUGAUUAAUUGAGAAAUCUAAUUAGGAUAUUAAUCAAUAGUGAAAAUAAUCAUUGGUUGUAACCAAAUAACAUCUGUUGUGUUUCACUUUAUUUCUUUGACUAAUUUUUAAAUUCAGACUCUGAAUCAAAGACAAUCAAAAAAUGUUUUUAAUUUUUAUAAUGUUGAGUUUGUGGAGUCGGUUCAGGUGUUAAUCAGAGAACGUCGACCUGCUGAUCAGCUGAUCAAUAACACUGAUAACAGAUCAGCUAUCUGACAAUAAAACUCUUCCACAGGAAAGAAAAAUCUUCUGAGUUUGAAAUGAAGAUUAAAUGUGUUGAAGACCAGAAAGUGAAACACUUCCCUGUUCAGGUUUAUUUCAAACACGUCUUUAUUUUACUUUUGUUUUCGCGGUUGAACUCUUGGUUUCCUCUUUUCUUCUCUGUUUGUGGUUCGUUCUGAAGCUGUGGAGCCUCGAAACUGACAAAAUGUAGUUAAAUGUUAUCAAAAAUGUAACUGAAUAAUUAACAAAUGAUUCUAUAUUAUUUAUUUAUUUAUUGGCACAUGGGCUUAUAUUUCAUCUGAAACAAAGAUAAUAAAAUAACCAUUAAACACAUUAACACAAAUAAUAUAUUUGCAUAUAUUAUAAACAGUGCGGUCCGCACCUGAAGUGAACGUCGGGUAUGAUUUGGUGCUAUAUAAAUACAAUUUAAUUUGAACUGAAGUAAUAUGUUCAUUAGAAAUUUAAACUGGAUUAUAUAAAGAAAAUAAAUUGUGAAAUCAGAAUAAUGAAAUUACAUUUGUGUCAGGAUGAAGAAAAAUAGGAAAACUAAAAUGAGAGAAAUAAAAGUAAAAUAAAUAGUUUUGUGUAUAUUAAACUAUUUGAGGUGAAAAAAUAUAAAGCUUUAUAUUUCUUAUAUUAUUGAACACUAUCAUUUAUUGAUAUCUUUUUCACUCAUCUGAUCAUCUUUUUGUCGGUUCGUUUUCGUUACCUUAGAAUCAGCCUUUAUAUCUACAGAGGGAGCGGGUCGCCUUCCACGGAGGCCGCCAUGUUGCACCGCCAUGUUUCUACAGGAGCCCAGAACGGACAAACCAAACACCGGCUCUAGAGCGGGCCUUUCACGUUUUUCGUGAGUUUCGCGGCCACCGUGGUUUCUCCUGCACGCCUGGGAGGGCGAGGCGAGCGGGAUUCAGUUGCCACCGCUAAAUGGUGCCUCUAAAUCCUCUACGUGUCCUUUUAAAUCGACAUUUUUCUUUCUGGAAAAAUGCAUUUUAGAUUAAACGUCCUGAUUUUGUUUCAGCGUCACAAAUAUUCUCAGCAGUUUAAAACUGGAACACUUUGAGUUUUAGGGCGAUUUAUAACAAAACAACAAUCUGCCGACAAACUUCGAUUCUCAGGUUUCAAGAGUUUCCUUGAAGGAUCAGUUAUCUCACGUUAUCUGACGAGACCCUUUAAAGUUUCCUCCCUCAGGCUGACGGGAUGUUUGUUGGCUCGGCGUCUCGUGUUAGCAGAAAAUGAACCUCUGGGUCAAACGUCCACAAACAGAGACGUUCAGGGACCUCCAGCUCAGUUUGGACUGUUGGAAAUCCAAACUCCUUCACUGUAGUCUGAUUUUAUAAAAGGUUCAUUAAACCUGUGAAGCAGCAGAACGUCCUCGGACUGGUUUUCGCCAGCCCGGACUGGUUUUCGCCAGCCCGCGCUGGUUUUCGCCAGCCCGCGCUGGUUUUCGCCAGCCCGGACUGUCUGCUGCUGCUGCUUCUCUCUGUGUUUGUAGUUCAGACUGUAAAGUGUUUCCUCAGUGUUGAUAUUCUGACAGAAGAAGAAGCUGCAGCCUGUUUCUUCCUCCUCUGUCUUUAUUAUUAAUUAUUAUAUUAUUAAUAAUGAUAUUUGUAUCUGACAGGAAGCCAAACCUGCACAGUUUGUACAUAUGAAUGUUGUUUCAGAUUGUGGUUUUAGCAUGAAUUUGUUUUUUAUGGAAAAUCCUUUAUAAUGUUAAUAUGACGAAUAGAUUUAUGUUGUUUAUUUUAUAUGAUGAUGUAAAAAUGAAAAACAAUCUGGGUUCAUUAAUUUAUGUUGAAAACUCAGAACACUAACUUCCUGUGGAGGAAGGUGUGUGCGUGUGAGAGUGCGUGCGUGUGUGUGCGUGCGUGUUAGAUACCUCAGACGUCCCUGCUGGUGCUCACCUCUCUCAUCACGACAUCAUCAUGACAUCAUCCUCCUCCGGCGUCGAUCAGGGCGACGACUCGUGCUGAAAUCUGACCUGCAGCUUCUCCUUCAGCUUCCUGUUUGGUUUUAUUUAAAUGUUUUGUUUUCUGACACUGAACAACAGAAUCGGCUGAUUUUCUUUUCUACAGAAGCACUUUGGAACGAAAACAGUUGGAGGCUUCAUCUCGUAAUCGUGAGAAAAGUAUCGUAACUUUGAGAAGUUUUCUAGUCGGGCAGUAAUUUACGAGGUGACGCCUCCAGCUUCAUGUUCUUUGCUGAGUUUAAUGCUCUUCUUUAAAAAUCCGUCUUGUUUGAGUCGCUCUAUCUGAAUAAAUCUUUCAAACACGAAUGUUGAAGACUUGCAACAUCAGAACACUUUUUCUUUUUAUUCGUUGUUGUUAUGAUUAUUCUUCGUGAAUCAGCUUUAACUUGAGGUACGGCCGCUGCCCAGUGCGAGCUCCGGCAGGAGGCAGGCGAACGGAUGCUGUCAAACUUCGUUUCUUUUUUUAAUUUAUCCUCAAAUGAUGAAACAGUUCAGCGAGUUCAGUGAUGACAGACAUCAACACUUGUACAUGAAACGAUCUGUCAUGACUUCCUCCGCCAUUUCCAUCAGUGAUAAUAACAUUAAACUAAGAACGAGAACCGGAUGUUUUUAUUGCUGAUAGAAAUGAGUGAUUCAACUCCUGAAACCUGCUGGACUCUCAGCUGUUUCAGUCUCCUCUGAAAAUACAGAAUAAAUAAUUUAAAGAUGUUUAAAGUCAGUUUUAAUGGAUUUGAUGUUCAGAUGUUGAAAAGUUAGUUUGUCGAAGGACUCGGCUCACUUUGUUUUAUAUUUAAUAUUAAUACAUUUAUGAUUUACCUUAUUUCAGUAAACUGAUCCCUGAAUAUUUUCACCCUGCAGUAUAGACCAACACCGCGGUGUGUUCACUGUCUGUCGGCAGUUUAUUUUCUGAGUAUUUCACAGUUUGAGGGCUUCUGUUGGAGGUGAUUGUUGAAUAUUGUACAGAAGAAAAUGUUAAGAUGUUUCCCCUGAAAUAAAGUACAGUGACUGCUGCA